AACAAAAUAGGGGAGAUAACUCCUUACAAAGCAGAGCUGGCGCAUGUUUUGACCGCGUUUUCUAAAAUUGGACGACGUGCAAGUGUUUCUGUUAGGCUGUUGAACAUUUUCUUCAUGUCUGGUGAGCCUGUGUGUAAGAAACCUUGCAUGAUGAAUAUCGGAACUCACAAUGGACAGUUCCAUUGUGAUGAAGUUUUGGCUUGUUACAUGUUAAAAUCAUUACCAGAGUAUCAGGAUGCUGAAAUUGUUAGAACGAGGGAUGAAAAGGAGCUGGAGAAGUGUGAUGUAGUUGUAGAUGUUGGUGCUGUGUUUGAUCCCAGCAAGAACAGAUUUGAUCAUCAUCAAAGAACAUUUAGUGAAACAAUGAACAGCCUGAUGCCGAAGAAGAAGUGGACGACGAAGUUGAGCAGCGCGGGGUUGGUGUACGUGCACUUCGGCCACCAGGUUGUCGGCAAGCUGCUGGGACUGAAGCCUGCGGAUCACAUCACUGACGUAAUCUACGACAAGGUCUACGAAAACUUAGUCGAGGAGAUCGACGCCAUUGACAAUGGAAUUCAUCAAACCGAUGGAAUUCCAAGGUAUCACAUCUCCACGGACCUUAGUUCGAGGGUUGGACAUCUGAAUCCAAACUGGAAUGAAUCAGACACUGAUGUAGAUAAAUGUUUUCAUCAAGCUAUAAAAAUGGUUGGUGAUGAGUUUGAAGACAGAGUGAAGUAUUAUAAAUCAGCAUGGCUGCCUGCUAGAGACAUCGUACAAAAAGCCAUCGAGAACAGGAAAGAGGUCGACCCUAGUGGUGAAAUUGCCUGCAUGAGCAGUAAUGGUGUGCCAUGGAGGGAUCAUUUGUUUUCGCUAGAGGAGGAGCUAGGCAUAAAUCUACCGAUUAAAUACAUGCUCUACACAGAUCAAAGUGGUGCCUGGCGAAUUCAGUGUGUUCCUGUCCGGGUCGGCUCAUUUGAAAGCAGGUUGUCUUUGUUAGAAGAAUGGCGAGGAUUUAGAGAUGAGGAACUGUCAAAAAAGAGUGGAAUUCCAGGGUGUAUCUUUGUUCAUUCCUCAGGUUUUAUCGGGGGAAAUAAGACAUAUGAAAGUGUUUUAGAGAUGGCAAGAAAGUGUCUGCAGCAACAAGCCAAAAAUGGUAGCUCAUGACUAUUGUGAACUUUUUUUGACCAUAUCAUGAACAUAAAAAAAAAGAAAAAAAGUCCAUUCUGUAUUGACACUGAUUUGAAAAUUAGUCAUGCAUUAUCACUGAAUAAAGAUGUACAUGAA